UUCUCCGCUCUCCUCCUCUCCUCCCUCCUCCUCCUCCCCGCGCUCGUCCCCCUAGUCCAAAGCUACGACUUCUCCCCCACCCUCCCCGUCUCCGCCGUUCCCGACGCCCAAAAAUCCGACUGGUGCGACUCCCACUCCUCCACCUGUCGUUCCAUCUGCGGCACAGGGAUGCCCGGCACCGACCUCUUGGGCGUCCGCAUUAAUGUCUGUUCAUACAAGACGCUGCAAUACGAAUGUAUCUGCAACAAGGACAAUUUGCGCCCCAAGAUGGAGUUGUUUCAUUAUACCGUGCCCGGAUUGAUGUGCGAGGCGGCGUGGAAGGCGUGUCGCCAGACGAAUGAAAACGACCCAAAAAUGGUGGGGGAGUGUGAUGAUAAGAUUAGAAAAAAGUGUGGGCAUUGGAGGACGAAAGAUCAGGAGACGAAGAAUGACGGUUUAUAUGGGUUUUUUAAACCUAUUAUGGGGGGUGGGAAGGCGGGUGGGAAGAGGAGG